UGAGCCUUCAUACCCGGAAGUGUUGCGGUUCCGGUGCGGCCGCCGCAGGGAGAUGGCAGCUGCCCGGCGCCGAAGGCAGGGGUCGAGCGGGGCUGCGGCUCCGCCCCCCUCCCGGCGCGGCGGGGCGGGGUGAGGGGGCCGGGCGGGCCGCUCGCCGCCUUUCAGCUCCCUUCUUUUCCGGCUGAGGCAGGUGCAGAGCAUGGAGAAUGAUGAACUUCCGCCAGAGGAUGGGCUGGAUUGGUGUGGGGUUGUAUCUGCUGGCAAGUGCUGCGGCUUUUUACUAUGUCUUUGAAAUCAAUGAGACAUACAACAAAUUAGCAUUGGAGCACAUUCAGCAACACCCUGAGGAACCACAAGAAGGAACCACAUGGAUGCACUCCUUAAAAGUACGACUGCUGUCCUUGCCUUUUUGGUUGUGGACUAUCAUAUUUUUAAUACCCUACUUACAGAUGUUUUUGUUUCUCUAUUCCUGCACAAGAGCUGACCCCAAAACUGUGGGCUAUUGCAUCAUCCCUAUCUGCUUGGCUGUUAUUUGCAACCGUCACCAAACAUUUGUGAAGGCCUCUAAUCAGAUCAGUAGAUUACAGUUGAUUGACACUUGAUACAAUCUCUGGUUGCCAUAGCUGCUUCAGAAACCAUGCAUAUGCCUGAUCUAAUCACAAGACUGAACGGAAAUACUGAACAGAGGCUAGAAAAGAGCCUUUUCUUUCAAACAGUUAAAAGGGGAACAGAAUAGCAGGUUUUUAAUUUUUAAGAUAAGUUACAAUUUUUAAAAGCGUGGAUCUACCAUGUCACCAGAAAGGAAGAGUCCUCUGUGACAUGAUGGGAUAACUUCUCAUUUUGCCUUAUGAUGAAAACUUGCUACACUUCAUUUGAACCAUCAUGUGGGAAGUCCAUUUCUGGUCUGCAGUCUUACUCUGCUGUACAAAAAGACAAACAAAAAAGAUGAUUUCCUAGGUUUCCUUUUGAGAAAAAUCAAAGAACAGACAUUUUGUGGUAAAAUGUAAAAUGAUUAGAACAUGAUUAUAAAAGCUGCACUUAACACAAUACUUUGCAUUCUCAUUUUUCUGAAUACAUAUUUCACACGUUAGAGCUUGUUUCUUAAUUCACUGUUUUUAGAAGCAAUUGUAUUACACUGGAAGCAAAAAAUGACACAUGGCUGAUUUAUUUUUAGAAAGGGCAGUCCUCUCUGUCACAGACACUGAAUUAAGGAGGUGCACAAAUACUACAUCAUAGAUUAAAGCUGGGGAGCAGUCUAGGCCCAGAGACACUUGGUCUGUGGCACCAAAAGAAGGCUCAUCACUUACAGUAUGCAAACCACUUCUCUUUCCCCCCCCCCUUUUUAAGUGGUUCCUUCUUUUUUAAAAAAAAAAAAACCCUUCCAUAAAUGCAACUCUUACUUCACUAUUCUAGUUCCACUUCAGCAGCGGUGCAGAACAACUUUCUGUGGCAUGGCAUUGUGUUAGGAAAUGCUGUAACUGAGUUUUAAUUAGAUAGGGAAUAUCAUUGUAAAAUCAACCAACCCCCCCCCCCCCCAAAAAAAAAACAAACCAAAAACAAUAAGAUGCAAGUGAAAAUAAGACACUGUAUGGGUGCUAAAUUUCCUUCCCAGAUACAGAUCAAAUUAGCUAAAUGAUUCCUGGAUAUGAGUAAAGCCAUUUAAAAAUACAUAUGUUAAGUGCUGGUCAUGAUUGUCUGUCUUAGCACUGAAAUUGGAGGGUGAAGCUAUUUUUGGCAUAGUUUGUCAAAUUCUGACUACUGUGCUUUUUACUUAAAUGUAAAUAGGCAUUUUAUUUUCUGAUGACCCCUUUGGUUUCAGGAUUUGUCAAAGAUUAAGUAUCCAGCCGUUGUGGACAUCCCCUUUUUCAUGUUAAGACUUGAAAUGUGAAAAGCUCAAGCUCUUCAAGGUUAACACUUGAUCUUCAGCAGCAAAAGCAGCAGAAAAAGACAAGUGUAAACUGACCUUUCUCAGUGGCCCAUGAAUGCCAGGGUUGAAUCAUAACAGCUGCUAAUAGUUGACUUGACAGAGGUUACUGUUAACCAUGUCAUUGUCAGGAAAUCUGGCUCUGUGGCAUCAAAUGCUUGUAUUGAUGUAAGGACUGAACAGGCACCUCAGCCUGCACAGGAACAUCAGUGUACUAAGUUCUUGAUUAUUGUACCCACAAUUGUUAGCAGCAAUAGAACUACAUCAGUUGUACAGGUCUUUAAAAUUUAAUGUAGAUUGUUAUGAAGAUUAAUAUAAUCAGGUUAUGGCCAAACUACUCACUUUUUUCCACAAGUAGUUGUACAUUUUUUAUUUUGGAUUUGAUUUAUCCUCAAGUCACUUUGGCCUCUGGCAGAUAUUAAAAGAAAACUAAGAAAAAAGAACAGAUUAAUGGUAGCCUGAAUAAAGAUAUGAAAAAUAUAAACAUAUACUACCAUGCAUUUCAUUGUGGAAUAUAUCUUGUGACCCAAAUGCAGUAAAAUAAAGCUGUACCAAAUUAUAUUCAGGCACCAAUCCCAGGCUUUAUUUGCCUGGCACUAUUGUGUCUACUCAGUGCUGGCAGAACCUUUCAAUCGCAGUAAAACUAUUGGCGUUUAAUACUUGGGAGUCCUAAUGUGACCACACUGCUUAGCAUCCAAGUUGUAAUCGGGUUUUGAACUAAGCAUUUCCCUGUAUUUUGCAUGUGGGGCCUAAUAUAUUUGCUGCUCUUAGUAUUCACCUACCAACUCAGACCUCACACAGGACAAAACUUUUCCAGAAACUCCAGUGCAUGCAAUUUACCCAACCACUCACUAGAUUGAGUACUCAGUUGCCAUCUAUUUAAUUCAAAUCUCUAUCUCCCACAUUCCAGAAUGGUGCACUAACUACUAGGUAGUCUGGAUGAAUCUCCCUUCUGCUGCAGCUGUUUUAUUCGUAUACUGAAUAUUCAUUGGCUUAGAGAGAGCAAGAGCAACUUUACAGCCCAGUGAUUGUGACAGUCAGUUGAGAGCAGCCUGUACUUCAAUUGAUAUUUGUAUGGCUUGGAACAGUUCAACAGGAGGGACUGACACCCAUCCAGAAUACUGAUCAUCCUGGAAUGUAGGGUAUUCUUGCAGACAACAGACCUGUUCUCAGAUCAGGUGGUGAGAAUUUGAAAACAGGGCUCUUACAUCUAAAUAGAGCAGCGGUGGGCAAAAUGGUGGAUCUAGCUGGUGGCUGGACUCCAUUUCCCAGCACCCCCUGCCCACAUUGCUGAAACUGGUUUUCAUGGAGACUCCAGGAGCAGCAGGGCCAUGACAGCAUGUGGCCAGGGUUUCCAUGGAGACCGGUCCCAGCAGCACUGGCAGGGUGUAUGGCUGGACAGGGAGGUGCUCUGGGGCCGAAGUCAAGAUCUGAUGGUGAUGGUAUGGUCUGGAGCUGUGGCGGAGUUGCCAUCCCUGCCCAGGGGGUGGGCAGAUCCCAGCUCUGCCAUGGUCCAGAACCAGGUUGUCACCAUUGCAAGAUCCCAUCUCCAGAACAGUUCCCUGCCCAGCAGAGCACCCUGCCCGUGCUGCUGGGACUGGUUUCCAUGGAAAUCUUGGCCCCAUGCUGUCACAGCCCUGAUGCUCCUUUAGUCUCCAUGGAAACUAGCCACAGCAAUGUGGGCAGGGGCUGCUGGGAAAUGGAGUCUGCUGCAGGCCUUAUCCAGCCAGUGGGCUGGACUUUACCUGCCCCUGCAAUACUGCCUAAAUCACUGGACUGCUGGGCAUGAUGGGGAGAGGUGGUUUUUUUGUUUGUUUUUUACAACUAUAAAGACCAACUUGGCUUAGGCAAGACUCUAGGAAAGGGGUCAUGGCUGAGAAUCCCUGAACAGGGGUAGGUACUAUGCCAGCUUUGAGGGCAUAGGUUUUGUUCUGGCUUGCCCAUCCUUAGACACUUACCUUGCAUAGGUUAUGUGCUGAGGUUCUCUCCAAAAUACACCCAACUGGGAUGAAGUUGCCAUUAGCCAACUGCAGCACCUAGAAGUUGGGCACUAGACUGCCUGAAUUCCUGUGCCAACUGCAGCACCUUAACUGCUAUCAUUUUGCAAUUAACAAUGCAUUACUGGAACAUUUUAAAAAUGUCUUUGGGGGACUAAAUGCACUGUGAAUGAUUCACCUUUUUAAAAACAAUAAAGCCUUCAGUUUGUCCUGGUUUGGA